AUGGGUGGUCGUAGUUCGAAAAAGUCAUUCAAUGAAUGGGAUUUGAUUAAAUUCAGUAAUGUUACUGGUGUUUCUCUGCCACUAGUCAAAAAUAUUCAUAAAGAUUUUGUUACUGCCACAGGAAAUGAUAACAGAAUGAAUAAGAUAGAAUUUCGUCAUUUAUACAAGAAAAUGUACAUAAAUACUGAAUAUAUUAGUUUUUCCGGUGAUCUACCAUCAAUGUUUAGUGAAGAAGAUUUGAAUAAGAUGUCAGAUUAUGUAUUUGAAACUUAUGAUUUCGAUGGAACAGGAUUGCUGACAUUUGAGGAAUUUGCUGAAGCUUAUCUGAUGAUUACUCAUCAUCCGAGUAUGUCGACAAAUGGCAUUACAUUGCGUGAUCGAUUUAGCUAUAUUUUGGAUCAAGACAAUUCAACAUCUGGUUUCAUAACACGUGAACAAGGUGAACGAAUUUUUCAUCGUCUCAAUAAAUAUAACAAAUGGAUAAAUUCGAAAGCCAACAUAUUGGAUGAUUCAUUGAAGCCAGCAGAUACUACAUGGGAUUCACAUUGGAGCAAGCUCAACGAUGGUAAUGAUAGUGUGUCGAAAGAGAAAUUUGUUGAUUAUAUUACUAGUUCGAAUGAAUACAAAUAUUAUUUUGAUCCAAUGGUGGUCUGA